AACUACGAAAAAGAUUAUACUGUUAUACUGGUAUUUUGCAUAAAUAAUAUAAAAUUACUUAAAUAAACCAUGACCUUUCGGAAGAUAUCUUUCGGCAGAUCUGUGGCACUGUAGAUCUUCUCUGAAGUGGGAAUCUUGCAUAAGAUGAUUGGACUAGGCUUGUUUGAUAAUAACUAGAACUCAUGACAUCGAUGACGAAAUCUGUAUAAUAAAAAUGAACAACUAUUGCACUUCUGACAAGAUUAGCGUGAGAAUAUAAAGAUAUUAUUGAGUUUUAGUGAGUGAAUUUUGUUAGUUAUUUGAUAACUAAUUAAAUUAUGGAAGCCAAAAAUAAAUUUAUUCAACAAGAGAAGUAUCUCUUACGGGCUAUGGAUGAGAUUGGUCAAGGUUCUAAACUGCUUUGGAUUGUUUUUUUCGUAUGUAUUUUAGUAUCUUUGAUAAAUGGAUUAAAUUCAAUGUCUUACGUUUUCAUUGCUGAGAUACCCGAUUAUUGGUGCUCUAUUCUGGAACUUAAUAAUGCUAAUUGGACUAUAAAUCAAAUUAAAAAUAUUUCUAUAAUUAAUAAAUGCCGAAAAUAUGAUUAUAACUACACACAUCUUGCGGGUUUGGGGUAUGAAGAAGCCACAAACUAUAUCAAAGAUAUUAAAUUCAAUACCAGUGUUAUUUCUUGUUCAUCAGUUGUAUUUGAUACGAGCGGAAGGUCAACAAUUGUCAAUGACUGGCAGUUAGUGUGCGAUAGAGAAUUGUAUCGAGCAAAUACAUUUUUAGUAUAUGCAUUGGGAAAAAUUUCUGGCACAGGACUUUUAGGAAUAUUUGCAGAUAAAUACGGGCGAAAAAAGUCAUUGAUAAUUGGUUUAAUAUUACAAAUUAUUGCUAGUCCUUUAAGUGCAGUAGUUCCAUGGUUUUGGUCUUAUCUUAUCUUUAAAUACAUUACAGGAAUAAGUGUGGGUGCUAUGUAUUCAUCAGCAUACACUAUUCUAUCAGAAAUUGCAAAAAAUAAUAAAAGGAAGUUAUUAGGAGCCAUCAUCGAUUCAAUGUAUCCGAUGGGGACAUUUACUUUGAUAAUUCUUGCUUUUUCUUUUCAAAAUUGGCGACAUUUACACCUGGGAAUGUCAUCUCUUGCCCUUUUACUGGUUAUCGUUAUUUGGUUUGUACCCGAAUCCCCACGAUGGUUGAUAUCACGAGGUCGUCUCGAUGAAGCUCAAAAAAUUAUUGAAAAAUAUCAUAAAUUAUUUUCUAUCUCACCGACUCUUGAAACAGAAAAUUUAAUGGCUGCAUUGACAUCACUUGAAAGUCCAAUAAUAUUAAAAACAAAUAAAGGUUUUUUACAUCGAAAUUUCGAAAGUUUAAAAAUAUUAUUUUUACAUCCAGAUUUUAGAAAAAAAAUUUUGAUUAUGUAUUUCAUUCAUUACGUUACCACAGCCGUCAGUUAUUCAUUGGUUUUUUCAGUCGACAAUUUCAAAUUAGACCGUUAUAUUUAUAUGUCAAUAGUUGCCGUUAAUGAAAUAUUAGCACACAUGACAGCUUCAGUUUUGGUAAUAUUUUUAGGUAGUAAAAGAGCAAAUAUUAUGCUUUAUGGACUUGGAUCUGUCUGUAUGCUAUCGAUCAUCGCUAUUCCUGAAGGAAAUAAAAUUACAAUAAUGGGAGUGGCAUUAAUGUCGAAAUUUUGUUUAUCAGCAACUUAUACUGUCAACAUGCUACUUAAUUCGGAAUUAUUUCCAACCAUCGCGAGGAACACAGCUUUAGGAACAAGUUUAGUAUUGGCACAAGUUGGUUCUCUGACAGCACCAUAUAUUGUUGAUAUACUGGGAAAAGUUGUUUGGUGGGCACCUACUACACUUUGUAGUAUUUUAGCUUUUAUAUCUGGACUCAUUUGUUUCAUGAUACCUCAAAACAAUUAGUUAUAGUAAAAUUUACGUUGAAGAAGAAAUAAUCACCACAAUGUUAAUUUCCGUGCAAUGUUGUCAUAUCGAUUUUGAAGUUUCACUGAAUGACAUCAGAUUAUUAUUUAAAUUUUUUAUUUACAUUUUUCAUUAGCUAUAGUAAAUAAUAUAUUUUUAUUUAAAGCUAUAGUUUUUUGUAGUCUCUUGAAACACAUCCCACGGUAUGUUAAAUAUCUAUAGAUUGCUUAUGGUAUUCGAUGUUAUUUGGCAAAGGUAUUAACUUUGACUAUAGUCUUGUAUACAAGCUUGAUUUUAGAGUGCGUACUCUUGAUCAUCUUCUUCUGUAUUUGGACUUGUUAUAAAUAAAAUUUGUACUUAUAGACUUAAAAUAAAAAUAGAAAAAACUAAUUAUAAGUUAUAAGUUAUAAGCUAAUUCAUGUUUUAAAAAUAUUAAUACUUUACUUUAAUUUUUGAAUAUUAUCUUUAAAAAAUGUAUCCCUGCAAUAUAUCCACGAAAAGUCUAAUAAAUUUCAUGUGCAUUGUCAGAAUAAUAAU